CGCGUAUUGUAAGUUGAGUUUGUGAUCCAGAUGGAGCUGGAUCCAAAGAAUGAUGGCAAAUUACUAAACAUGGAGAAUGACGAGAUCAGAAUGAUUUUCUCAGCUUUUAACUACGUUCCAUCCUUUGCCCUCAGAGCAACCAUGCUCUUGGGGAUUCCUGACAUCUUGGCCAUGUCGAAGGAGCCAAUGACAGCUGAGAACAUCGUCCAAAGGCUUCCUUGCAAGAAUCCAGCUGCCGCUGCUGGUUAUCUGAAGAGGAUAAUGGAUAUCCUGAUUGUCCCGGGAAUCUACAGCAGAUCACUAGUUUCUACCGCAGAUGGAAAGUCUCAUGAAGCUGCGUACGGGCUGACUCCUGUGUCGAGGCUCCUCGUCAAGGACGAUGUUCAGUUCACGUUGCGGCCAAUAGCUUUGCUGCAUUCAAAUCAAUUCUUCUCAGUCGGAUUCCAGCAUCUGCAUGAGAGUCUGUUGGAAGAUCGAUCGCCGAUGGAGAUGGCGUUCGGAAAAACAUUCUACGAAUUACAUGCAGAAAGGCCGGAAAUCAGCUCUGUAUUCCAAGAUGCCAUGACCUGCUACUCAAAAUAUUGGAUGAAUGUUAUUGUACAUGAGUACGAUGGGUUUAAGAAUACGAAGACGUUGGUGGACGUGGGGGGCGGUGAGGGUGAAUCUAUCAAUCACCUGGUUGCAGCUUACCCACAUAUCCAUGGCAUCAACUUUGACCUGCCAGAUGUGAUUAAGAAUGCCCCUCCUAUACCAGGAGUAGACCACGUAGGUGGUAAUUUCUUUCAGAGUAUACCUUCUGGUGAUACCAUAUUUUUGAAGAUGGUACUCCACAACAAUGGCGAUGAAGAGUGCUUAAUGAUCUUGAAGAGUUGCUAUGAAGCUUUACCCGAAAGAAGGGGCAAAGUCGUCAUCGGCGAGCACGUGCUCGACGAUGACAGCACAGAUGAUGAUGUCCAAUUUUUGAACACCCUAGACUUGAUCAUGCUCUCUGUCUUUCUGAAAGGUCGGGAGAGAUCUUUCGAGGCCUACAAGGUGUUGUUGACUUCAUGUGGUUUUCUUGAUUGCAAAUUGGUAAAGCUCUCUCGUGGUGUUACUCUUAUCGAAGCAUAUAAGCAUUGAAUGUGAAAGCAUUCUUAAACAUAGACACCAAUAAGUGCAAUACCCAGCUGGUUUAUUUCAUACUAAGUGAGGAAGAUCGCAAUGUUCAGUGGAGAACGUUAUACGAGAGUUCAGAGCUCUGAAUACCUAGCUAUGAUAGAUCGCUGUUGAGGACAAAUUGCAGUAAAGAAUUCAGUGGCUCCCUAAAGAAGAUGUCAUGCAUUCACUACUGUCAGCAUCGUCAUGCCUAUCAAGAUCCAAUAAAGAUGUGGGGGAGUUGUAGAUCCAACGAGGUGAAUCAGACCAUGGCAGCUGUCA